UCGUGCGCAAACGUGAAGUGCGCAUACCAACCUCUCAUCAAGAAAUACCUUUCGUGUCUGCGAGCUCUCGACAAAAAGUAAUAGUCAAAUAAUGAUAACAACUUACCAGAAAUGGCCACAAGUGUGAAAUGGAGGUUGAAGCGUUAUGGGCGCUUUAUUCCAGGAACGAAUGAGACCACCAAAAGGGAACAAUGGAAGACAUUUGAAGCGAAGAAAAAUGAACCAGAAAUUAUCCUCACAAUUCUGGACUACGGAUACUUGAUGGUCCUGCAUGGACAGGAAUGCUUGGAGACGAUUCCUUUGCACAGUGCCAGCGAUUUUCUCAAAGUCCAUCAAAAAUAUGACAAUCUGAUGAUUCGACAUACUAUAAAGGGAGCGAGCCGCCUGAUCAGGAUGCAGUUUGAUGGAAGUAACAAGGCGCAGGCCAUCAAAGAGUGCUCGAGUGCUGCGGCGCGACUCAGAGAGCAUGUGCCCGUCGGCACUCAAGACGACACCCUGCCGUCAAAUAAUCAGCCCCCCGCAGAUGACCCUGCGCCAGGGACACAGGGUGAGGCCGCUGGAGGCAAACCUGAGGUUGUCCAUGAAGGAUUGCUGUCCAUUCAGCGUCUUACCCAGCACCUGCUGGGAGAGACCCCGCUGACGCUGCCUCAACUCUACCGCCAAGGCUCCUGGGAACAUGGUGACCUGGAGGCCCUGUUACGCGUUUGUUUGCUGGAUCCCAGCUUCCAUGCUUUAGUAGAGCAGGUUGAGGGCGAACUGAAGAAAAUACUUCAAGAGUGAAUCAUCUCGACAACUGAAGGCAGAGAGGGGUCAAGUCAGCGCUGCUCUUUUGUGUAUGUUUUUUUCACGCCGUUCGCUACGUAGGUGUUAACUUGCCGAGCUGCCAGCGUUGACUGGGUGGGUUGUGGUCGUGUUUUACCGCUUUGGAAGUUCCUAAUGAGUUAAAUUCACACGACUUAACAAAAAAACACAACAAACAUUUUUUCAUGUUUUUAUUCAGAAAAAAAAAUAUUGGUCUUAAUCAUAUGUUUGAUCGUGGCUAUAUACUCUGGUCCAUCUGCUCCCACGUUAAUGCAGGUCCAUUCCCACCGCAACACACAUCAGUACAUUGUAUUGAAAGGAGGAGUCAUGCAGCUACAGCAGUUAAUUUUGCUAUGCCAGCUUCCAAGGGGUCUCACAAUAUUAAAGCUCGACUGAUUAAAACAAACUGCCCUCCAUUUAUCUAUUCAAGAAUACAUUUUGCAUAGGAUUAUAGCCAUGCUAUAUAGUCGGAGAAAAUAAAAAAUACAAAUCAAUUAAAUUAGGAAAUAUUAAAAAAAAUAUCUUUUUUUUUUUUUACAGAUUUCCUAUCAUUUGAACACUCAUACUGCAACACAUACAAGACACUCUAAGUUACUCUCAAAAUAAAUUAAAGUAAUACACAUACCAUCAAUAUUUAGUUAGUUAAACACAUAUUAAUUGUUUUGUAUUCACUCUCCAUUAGCUUUAAAUACUGUCUGUCAAUGAAGCCCUUGCUUCACAAUAAAAGUUCUAUUAAAAGUGGACUUAUAGUCACAAAAUCAAACAUUAAAUGACCAUGAUAUGCUGUACAAAUGUUCAAGAGGGGGAAAAGAAGACAUUAUAUAUUUAUGUAUAUUUAUAUAAGGAUGACUAUAAAAAAUAGUUUGGGAUGCAGAACAAAAAGCCACACGAGGGAUAACAACAGAAGAUGUCUAUUCUGAGUAUCCUAUUGCGUUAUUUUGCAUGCAUUUACAUGAUAUGUAAUACAAAAGGGGACCAGCUCGUUUGAGGGCCGUUAUUCAAAUCAAUAAAGGAGACAUCAACACCACAUCAAAAAAUGUGUACGCCUCUUGGCGGCGAUUUGUAGUCACUAUUCGUCAUCCUGACAUCUCCACAUGACAAGGCAUGCUUAUUCUGAUUCCUUUGUUGCCAGUGUUACGCUGAUAAUGUUUCUCAUAAAAUGAGACAAGAUAUGCUUUAUUGUUUUCCUCAAAAUAGCCUGCGGCUCCAUCCACCUUUGAUGUCGCCAGAAAGAUUGCAGUUUAGCCGUCUCAUCUGCAAAGAGAAAGUAAAGGGAAGGCAUGACCAUAGUUAAUCCUUGCGAUGCGUUCUAUAUUUAGAUGUAGCCCCCCUCUCCCAAUCACUACCUACGCGCUCUCUUACUUGAGUCGAUUGCUUAUUUCGUAUUCCUUUGGCGGACAUUUUUGUCUUUGUGGUUGUUUGUUGAAUUUGUUUUCCUAGGAAAGAAAAGGCAGGUUUAAAAACAAUAAGCAAGUCAGAUGAACGAUGUGGCGGUCGAUGGACUUACAUCGGUCCUACUGGCUCAUCAUCUUUGACAAGGCAGGAGAUGGAAAACACAACAGUGGAGGGAAAUGUCAGUCAAAGGUUAAAAUAUAUUUAUAUUUUUACAACUGCCGACAGUGGAACCUUCAGAGUCAAAUCACAAACCGCUUUCAAGAAACAUUGUUCUCAUAGAACAUUUUGCAAAAUGGAUUUUUCUGUUAACCGUUUAUAAAAGACAACCCUUCUUUCUUAAGAACUGUUUUUAGAAAUAACAAGAUGGAUGGAUGGCUAAAGCCAAUCAUGGACAUUCCUUAGCUGUUCGACAGUUGUUUGAAAACCGCUUCAUUGAUCCCGGGUAUCUUAAUGGUGUGGGUGUGUGUGACAGGAAGAAAAGCUCACACCCACGAGGGGAGAAGGCAUUUGUCACACAGUGUUAAUUUGCAUUUAGUGUGAUGUCCCUGCCCAAAGUACUGAGUACCCAUUGAAGUUUCAUGGUAAAAGUACACAGGUUUUAGAGUACUUUAAGUGUUUUAAGCGCAUUGAAAUUGUUUAUAAGGGUGUGUGGAGAGCUUAAAGACUUAAAAUGCAUAUAAUAUUCAUAAAAAUCAUACAAUGAUGUUCCUACUUUGCAAAAAUUCACUUACCACAGUGUGGUCUGUACAAACAAAAAUACCAAACAAAAUACCUAAAGAAGCUUUUGCAACCUCGCAUGCAUGAGCUACAGUAUGUGGUCACCCAAUGAUGGCGAUUUUGCAAAUUUGAGCUACUAACAUGAGCAAUCAUUGAAUGUGUAUUUUCCCGUAACAAACAACACGACUUCAGAUUGUUAGUUGCUUCUAUUGGUCUGCCGUUGUGCAUGUGCAGGUGCUCCCGGCAUAUAUACGUGUGGACCAGAGCGGUGAAUGACAAGCCUGAAUAGCAGAAAAAUCCCUCCGACCGACAAGCAAUUUGUAUUCAAUAUAAUUAGUAAUUGUUAAAAAUGUACAUGUUGUGUUAAGCCACUAAUGGUAAUAUGAACUAGCUGGGGGUGUUUAAAAAUAAAAUGUUGAGCUACUUGCAAACAGCCCCAUUAAAUGUCCUUUAUUUGGGUCAUCAUGGUAAUUAGUGAGCUCAAACUGUAACAACUAUGAAACUGUUAAUUACUGUAAGGGAAACAUUUUAAGCAUAGUUGUGG